CCCAGUGAGAGAGCCCGAGAACCACACCUGAAUCUCGACCUCCUCCUCCCAGCGACCAAAUCUGCCGCCGCGCCGCCUACCGGAAUCGAUCCCCGCGACUGCGCGAUGAACACCGACAUCACCGCGUCAGUGAAGCCGGAGUACCCGGUGGUGGAUCGGAACCCGGCCUUCACCAAGGUCGUCGGCAACUUCUCCGCGCUCGACUACAUGCGCCUCUCCACCAUCUCCGCCGUCUCCGUCACCGUCGGCUACCUCUCCGGGAUCAAGCCGGGGAUCCGCGGGCCGUCGAUGGUGACGGGGGGCCUCAUCGGGGUCCUGGGAGGGUUCAUGUACGCCUACCAGAACUCCGCCGGACGCCUGAUGGGAUUCUUCCCCAACGAAUCCGAGGUCGCGCGCUACAAGUACAAGCUGUAGUGGUAGGAUGCGUCAUCGUUUCUCCCCGUUUCUCUGCCGCAAGUGUUGCAUCUUUCCUUUUAACUUUCUCUAUCUAAUCUCCCGUGAGUGAGCUGCACUUGGUGUGGGCAAUGUCUGGCCUUGGUGUAAUAAAUGGGGUGCCUUGCUGCACGGUAGUGAGGAAUUCAUGAUAUGAUUUUACUCGUUUUGUUAUCACAGGGUCAAAAUUUGGUGGCCAUUUCGGUAAAA